AUGCACUUCAAGCAGAUCAGUCUUAUCAGUCUUGCUAUUGCAUGCGCAGCAGCAUCUCCCGUCCAGACGAACCCUAAAGUGUUGUAUGCUCGCGAAAACAACAAAGCCGAAUAUAUCGACCCCCAAAAGCCGAAGCUGAGCCUUGACGAGCAGUGUAUGAAGAAGGCAGGAGACAGUUAUCUGUUCACCCAUUGGAACGUUGUAAUAAACGAUGCCAGUGACUACACCGAUGACACGUGCGGUUCUGGAUUCCUCGACAAUAUCAACGGCCGCGGCUGCGCGGUGACAGGCUGGGCUUGCAACUAUGCCAAUGACCGCAAGACGAUGAAUGCCGGAUUCAAGACACAAACUACUUGUUCCGAUGUUGAUAUCAGCAACGCUAUCAAUGCGGCGUUUGGCGGAAAGAAAGUGGAGUGUGCGGACUACGAUAAUCAGGUCAAAUGUGGUGAUGAUGGUACGUGCGGCAUUGACAAAAAGGGAGACAAUAUUUGGGCAUGA